GUCAAAAUGAACAACAAUUAUAAUCAAUAUACACAACAACAACAACAACAAGGCUAUAAUAAUGCUUAUUAUCCAGUUUAUGGAGAUCCAAAUACACAAUACUCAAACCAACCAUACCCAAACUAUGAUUAUUAUUACCAACAAAAUAACCAAUAUUAUCAACAAUUAGAAGCAUAUAAUAACCAACAGGCUGUUAAUCCUACUAAUACUUAUGGAAACUAUGAUCAACACCAGAAUUUAACACAUUGGAACUAUUAUGGACACUAUUAUCCUCAACAACAACAACAACCUUUUCAAAGACCUAUUAAAUACAAUAAUAAAUCAGUAAAGAACUCUGCAAACACUUUUAAUAAUCCUGCUGCAGACACCCGACCAAUGAGCAAAUAUUGUUGCAAUAGAAUACUAAAGAGUGUACAAGCCAUUGCACAACAUGAGAGUUUACAUAUCAAAUGUCCACAAUGUGACUUUAUGUGCUUAAAGUCAUUCUUGGAAGAGCAUGAAGAACAAUAUCAUGGAAAACCAAGCACAAAGAAACAAUCUAGGCCAGACGGUAUUGUGCCUCCUAAUGCUCCGAAAUUAGACACACCAGAACAGCUUGCAGCAUGGAUCGCUGAGAGAAAGAAGAACUGGCCAAGCCAAACGAAUGUUGAACGAAAGACGCGUGAGGAAGCAGAAAAGAUGGCAAGAGGAGAGUUACCAUUGAAGCGUAAAGCCAAUUCGCAGCAAGGACCGAAUAAACGACAGGCUGUGAGCAAUCAAUCAAACGAAGAGAAGGAUAAUAAUGACGAUGAUGACCUUAUGGACCCAGAAAAGGAUGCCAUUACCUCAAAAGAUCCAUCAUCAAUAGGAAAGAUUUCAUUACCUGAAGAGAAUAAGCCAAAGAGAAAAUGUAUAUAUUUUAUUAAAGGAAGGUGUAAUAAGGGAAGUAAAUGCACUUUCUUGCAUGAACGACCUACAACCAAUGGACCCAAGCAAGUAACAGUCAUAAGGAAGCGACCCAACUUGCUUUAUAAGCUUUUGGAAAAGGACAUUAUGCAAGAAAAGAGCGUGAUCUUGCAAUGCUUUAGAUAUUUAGUAGAUAACAACUUUUUUGGAAAAGAAAAAACUACCACGACUACUACUCCUAUUACUGACAUAGACAACAACAACCAUGCCGCUAUCCCCGUAGAAGAAGAGGACGAUACCAAAGAACACAUAGAACAACUUGCAUAAAUAUUUUCUUAAUAAAAUGAUACAAACCAUAAAGCAGUCACUUAUGGCUGCUUCAGUUUAAAUGCGUUAUGCAAGCUUAUUUCCUACACUUUACGAAAAGGUUCACUUAAAGAGCGGAUCAAGUACUGUUCACUGUUCUUCAUGGGG